GUCCACAACGCCUGCAUGGAGCAGUUAGAGAAGAUUAAUUUUCGCUGCAAACCGACUUUCCGAGAAGGAGGCUCCAGAUCUCCAAGAGAAAACUUUGUGCGGCAUCACUGGGUGCACCGGCGGAGGCAGGAGGGCAAAUGUAAGCAGUGUGGAAAGGGCUUUCAGCAGAAAUUUUCCUUCCAUAGUAAAGAGAUUGUGGCCAUCAGUUGCUCCUGGUGCAAGCUAGCGUUUCAUAACAAAGUCACCUGUUUCAUGCUACAUCACAUUGAGGAGCCAUGUUCCCUGGGGGCCCAUGCUGCUGUCAUUGUGCCUCCUACCUGGAUCAUUAAGGUGAAGAAACCUCAGAACUCCUUAAAGACUUCAACAAGACGAAAGAAGAGAACGUCCUUUAAAAGAAAAACCAGCAAAAGAGGAAACGAAGUAGGUAUUCAAGAUAACAAAGGCCGGCCUUUUGUGAUAAAGCCUAUCUCCUCUCCACUCAUGAAGCCACUGCUGGUUUUCGUCAAUCCAAAAAGUGGAGGGAAUCAGGGCACCAAGGUUCUCCAAAUGUUUAUGUGGUAUUUGAAUCCACGCCAGGUCUUUGAUCUCUCUCAGGAAGGGCCAAGAGAUGCGCUGGAGCUGUACAGAAAGGUGCCAAACCUGAGGAUCCUGGCAUGCGGUGGGGAUGGGACGGUGGGCUGGAUCCUGUCCAUCCUCGAUGAGCUGCAACUCAGCCCCCCACCUCCUGUGGCUGUCCUUCCACUUGGCACGGGGAAUGACCUUGCCCGCACCCUCAACUGGGGGGGGGGUUACACAGAUGAGCCGGUGUCGAAGAUCCUGUGCCAUGUAGAAGAUGGGACCAUUGUCCAGCUGGACCGCUGGAAUCUUCAGGUUGAGCGCAACCCUGAUUUGCCUCAGGACGAGCUGGAGGAUGGGGCACGUAAGCUUCCCCUCAAUGUCUUCAAUAAUUACUUCAGUCUUGGAUUUGAUGCACAUGUUACGCUGGAGUUCCAUGAAUCCAGAGAAGCAAAUCCAGAGAAAUUCAACAGCCGAUUUAGAAAUAAAAUGUUUUAUGCAGGGGCAGCCUUUACAGACUUUCUGCAAAGAAGCUCAAGAGAUUUAUCCAAGCAUGUUAAAGUUGUGUGUGAUGGUACAGACCUGACUCCAAAGAUCCAGGAGCUGAAGUUCCAGUGUAUAGUGUUUUUAAACAUACCCAGGUACUGUGCUGGCACAAUGCCCUGGGGGAACCCUGGUGAUCAUAGAGACUUUGAGCCCCAGCGUCAUGACGAUGGCUACAUUGAAGUCAUUGGGUUCACCAUGGCCUCGCUGGCUGCUCUCCAGGUGGGUGGUCACGGAGAGAGGUUGCACCAGUGCCGGGAGGUGACGCUUUUGACGUACAAGUCUAUCCCCAUGCAAGUGGAUGGCGAACCCUGUCGGUUGGCUCCCUCCCUCAUCCGGAUCUCCUUAAGGAACCAAGCCAACAUGGUGCAGAAAAGCAAGAGGAGAACGUCUAUGCCUUUGCUGAAUGAUCCUCAUUCCAUCCCAGAUCGCCUGCGGAUCAGAGUGAACAGGAUUAAUUUACAAGAAUACGAGGGGCUACAUUACGACAAGGAAAAACUGCGGGAAGCUUCCAUUCCCCUAGGAAUCAUAGUUGUACGAGGAGAUUGUGACUUGGAGACUUGUCGUAUGUACAUUGACCGUCUACAAGAGGACCUACAGUCAGUAACCUCUACUACACAGAGAGUUCAUUACCAGGACCAGGAAAGCUCUUUCCCCAGAGUACUUUCUGUUCAGAGGCUCUCUCCUAGAUGGUGCUUCCUAGAUGCAACUUCUGCUGAUCGUUUUUACCGCAUUGACAGAUCUCAGGAACAUUUGCACUUUGUGACAGAAAUUUCGCAGGACGAGAUUUUUAUUCUGGACCCAGAGAUGGUAAUGUCUCAGCAGGUGGGGACGCCUCCAGGAAUGCCUGAUCUGGUAGUGGAGCAGGCAACUGGAAUAUCGGAUCGGUGGAACCCUGCAGUUCGGAAGAGGAUGCUGAGUGACAGCGGCCUUGGGAAGAUUUCUCCCCACUAUGAGGUACCUGACAAACAAAAGGACGCCAGCCAGACACAUAUGCUGCAGUCACCGGUUUCUUCAGAAGAUCAAGCACUUUUACAGGCAGUCAUAUCUGGUGAUCUACUGAAGUUCAUAGAAUGUUGUAAAAAAGGAGCCAAUUUGUUAAUCCAAGGUCCUGAUCACUGCUCCUUGUUGCAUCAUGCUGCCAAGACUGGGAACGGCGAGAUUGUGAAAUACAUCCUGGAGCAUGGUCCAGCUGAAUUACUGGACAUGACAGACAGUGAAACGGGUGAGACAGCAUUACAUAAGGCAGCCUGCCAGCGCCACCGCACCGUCUGCCAGCUCCUGGUGGAUGCGGGAGCCUCUCUGAGAAAGACAGACUCCAAGGGUAAGACCCCUCGUGACAGGGCUCAGCAAGCUGGUGAUCCAGAUCUGGCCUCCUACCUGGAGAGUCGACAAAACUAUCAAAUGGUUUCCCAUGAGGAUCUAGAGACAGCAGUCUGA